GGUAUACGAGGAUGCAGGGCCACGGCCUAGGAGACCUGUGAGACGGUCCCCGGCGUCGGCCGCGGCAUGAGCAACGGCGGCUGCGUCGUGGGCGAGGCGGCCGGACGGGUGACGUACGCGGCGCCCGACGUGGCGCAGCAGUCGUUCCGCCGCCUGCGUCAGUUCUUCGACGACGGCCAACUGUGCGAUGUGCAGCUGCACGUGGGCUCGCGCUCGUGGCGCUGCCAUCGGCUGGUGUUGGCCUGCUGCUCGCCCUACUUCCACGCUAUGUUCACCACGCCGCUCGCCGAGAGUCAGCAGCAGGAAGUGACAAUCGGUGACAUCGACGAAGUGGCGAUGGACAAGCUAAUCCAGUUCGCCUACACGGGCGUCGUCCAGCUGACGGUGGAAGGAGUCCAGGCCCUUCUGCACGCCUCGUCGGUGCUGCAAAUGGAGCCAUUGACGCGCGCCUGCUCGGGCUUUGUACGCGCCCACCUGGAACCCAGCAACGCUCUGGGCGUCUGGCAGUUUGCUGAGUCGCACGGCCUGCGCGGGCUCGCCCGCAGCGCCGAGCUGUUCGCGCGAGGACACUUCUCCAAGGUGGCCACCGGCAGGGAGUUCCUCGCUCUCGGCUCGCAGCACCUCGCCAGGCUACUGGCUGCCGCCGACCUCGCCGUAGAGUCCGAGGCACAGGUGUACGAAGCUCUGAUGAGCUGGGUACGCCACGACACCACGGCACGGGCGGCGGAUCUGCCGAGCCUGCUGUCUCGAGUGCGUUUGCCGCUGCUACCGCCGGGUUACGUACGCCGUCGUUCCGAGGACGAAGAGUUGCUGCGAAACUGCCACCGGUGUCGUGACCUCCUGGACGAGGCACGCGACCAGCAGCUCUGGAAGGCCGGCCUGCUGGUGGGCACGCCGCCGGCGCCUGGAGAACGAUCUAGGCCCUCGCCACAGCUACGCCGUUACGAGAGGACCAUAUUCUGCGUUGGGGGUCGAGAUGCCAGCGGGGAGCCGUCGUCAUCCACGGAAUUCUACAGCAUAGCCGAUAACAAGUGGCUCAAGGCGGCCGACAUGACCACCAGGCGUCGACACGUCGGUGUCGCGUCAGUAGAUGGAAAACUCUAUGCCGUGGGCGGAAGUGAUGACAAACACCACCUUGCGAGCGCCGAAGUAUUCGACCCCGCAACCAAUAGCUGGAAGUUGAUAUGUCCCAUGAACGUCCCCAGGCGAGGUCUAGGACUGUGCGAGUUGAGUGGGCCCCUUUAUGCCAUCGGCGGCAUGGACGAUACGACCUACUUCAACACGGUCGAGCGCUACGACAGUCAGUCGGACACUUGGACAAUGGUCGCCCCCAUGAAGUCGCCGCGAGGGGGAGUUGCCAUCGCUGUCCUCAAGGACUGUAUCUAUGCCAUAGGCGGCAACGUGGGUCAGACGUCGCUCAGCACUUGCGAGAAGUACGACCCGCAUCUCAACAAGUGGUCGUACGUGGCCAAACAGACUCAGCGCAGGGCUGGAGCAGGGGCAGUCGCUCUCGAUGGCUUCAUCUACGUUGUUGGAGGCUUCGACAACAACCUACCUCUAAGCUCGGCAGAGCGGUACGACGCCGAGCUGGAUCGGUGGGUUGGUGUGCGGCCCAUGAGCACCAGCAGAGGUGGAGUGGGCGUCGCCAGUCUGGCAGGAAGGCUGUACGCCGUCGGAGGACACAACGGAAGCAAAUACCUGAACUCGGUCGAAGCCUACGACCCGGUACUCGAUAGGUGGGAGCCUGUAGCUAAUAUCCAUGCUGGAAGAGCAGGUCCUGGAACAGCCCACUGCAAGUGUUCAACACUGGCACUUCCAGCCCUCAACCACUAUGACAGCAGCUGUGAUGACGACGAAAGCUCCAACUAAAGCCUCUGCUCCGAAAGUGGCACAUUCCGAGACAUGCCUUCCUAGCCUUUGCAAUCCAGCCUUUGCUGAAUCUACACAUGGAAUCCCAACAUUCCUUCAUUUCAGGACGUGAAAGAAUAGGCACACUCAAAGAAAACUUCGAAACCUAGUCAACUGUUGAAUAAAGCAAACUAACGUCGGUUACCUCAA